AUGCAUGAGCCUAUCGCGGAUAAUCCAAAAGAGGAGGUGCUUAUAGUAGAGAUAUGGGAUUUCGAUGCUGCUGAAACAGUUAAGGAAAAAGUAAAUAAACUAUUUGAUGUCAAAGGUGUUAAGGGACUCAGUAAGCUUAUGAAAGAGAUCGCACAAGCUGCCUCUACGGGAAAGCACGACAAUGAAUUAAUUGGACGUGUAGCAAUAACUUUAAAAUCAGUCCCAACUUCAGGCAUAACUGCUUGGCAUAAUUUAGAGAAGAGCUCUAAAAUAAAAAGUCGGGGUUCGGUGCUAGUUAGUAUGACCUUAAGUGCUGAGAAAAACAAACGCGUUGCUAUCCAAGAGCACAGACACCUGCUGAAUCUAUUACUGAUGCACGAAUUGGAUACUUCUCAAGUAUCUGAAUACUGGUGGAAUGGAAAUUUCAGUACCAAUGCAGAGCUAAUUCGAUCUCAGCAUGCUGUUCAAAGUGGCCUUACGAACUUCGAUUGUGCCCUUAGCCAAUGGAUUGUGUAUUCGAAAAUCCAUGAAAAUCAAAAACUCAGCUUCAAUGUUUUUAAUAGCCUACUCGAUGUUAUUAUUCCAAUCCUAAAAGUUCUUCAAACUGAUUCUGAAGAUACAAAAUCAUUUUGGAAUGGAGUUAAAAGGAUUUUGCCAUCAUGCUUUUCAAUCGUCCGAAAAAUUCGUGCAAAGAAUGUUAGCGAUAAACACAUAGUAAGCACAUUAUGUGAAGUCUUAGAUAUUAUUUCCAAAAUCAAAACUUUAGGGCACCCUGUGGGUGAAAUUUUUCCCCAAAAUAUAUAUGGUUUUAUUUCACCAAUGUGCCUAAAUACUAAUAAUAUUGAUGAAGUGCUGAUAGAAGUUAUAAACACCGGUGUCAAGGAAUGGUUAGAAUACAUUCUAGAAGGGAGUAAAUCAAAUUGUAAUGAUGAACCAACAGACGAAGCAAAGCUUGAGUUUUUAAUAAAACUGGUACAGAUGGUGCGGUCUGAUUUACAAAGAGCGAUGGAGUAUUUUGAUAAGCACUUUUAUCACAAAAUUAGAUUUAACUAUUCUGCUAUUGUAUUCAAGUAUUACGAUUCAAAUAUCUUUGAAAUUUGUAAAAACAACGUUGAAGACGUGUGCUCUCAUAUCAAAACACUUCAUAUACCUGAAGAUACGUUGGAGUAUUCAAAUCUGUUGGACACGAAAUCCUUAAACAUGGGAACAACCCUCUUUGAACUUUAUUUAGUGUUGAAGCGGUUUGUUACUUUAGGUAAAUGUCUAUGUCCAAAUGAAGACCUAGCACUAGAAAAAUUUCAUUGUUGGUUUAUGACUGGUGUUACCCACUGGCUCGGCAUUUCAAUUGUUAAGGCAUUAAAUCGAAUUGAUAAAGCCAUUGAGUUGGACCGAUUGCAAGCUGUCGAUGACACAGUGAAAUAUAGUUCAUCUGCAGUGGAUACUCUUGCGAUAUUUUAUCAAAUAAAGACAUUCUGGCAGCAACUAGAUUGGCCAGAUGUGGAAGGAUCAUAUACCUUUGUAGCAAAAAUUAUAGACGAUGUUUGUCGCUGCUGUGUAUUUUAUUCAAAAAGGAUGUCGCGGCAUGUUGAAUCUCAAGCUAGAGAAGACGAUUUAUUUACUGUUUCCACAGAGUGGUGCUUUGCUAUUAAUAACAUCGAUUAUAUUAGACAAAGCUUGCCUGCGUUCAUUAAGGAGUUGGGUGCUGAGGACCUCAUUAAAAAAAUAUCUGAUUUCCGUACGAAUCUUGACGCGGAUCGUUGUGCUACCACAAUAAAAUGUUUAAUCGACAAUGCUUUAGAUACACAAAGAAACCAAAUUUCUGAGCUUAUUGACAUUGUAGCCAGGCGCAUGGCUCCUUCGAUUAGACGAUUUUUAGCAGAAGGCGCUGAAGUUUUACAUAAGGAUUCUAAUUCUAUGGAAAAACUCCUAAUGUAUAUGGAAACAUCCUUAGAAACAUUAUACGAUACUUUGAAUGAAGUAAACUUCGAGCGGAUAUUAGAUGCAAUUUGGACUGAAAUAUCGGUUGUAAUGUUCGACCUCAUACAAUUAAAUUUAGAUAAACGACGCCCGCCCUCAUUUUUCCAAAAUUUAAAACAAACGUUAGUAGUGAUGACAUCAUGUUUUAAAGUUGGAAAUAUAGUAACAUCAGAUAUCGAGGUCUUAAAAGAAGUUGAAAAAGCAUUGGAUUUACAUGCAUUUGAAAGCGCUGACUUAAUUCAUCAGUAUUAUAUUGAAUUGCUGGGAAAACAGAAUAGUAUUACGAGGUCUGAAUUCGGUCAGCUAACAAUAAAAGCUAACUUUACGGAGACAGAUUUACUGCUUCAUAUUUUAAAUGGCAGAAAUUUGGUUCCCAUGGACCCAAAUGGGUCGUGUGAUUCGUUCGUUAAAAUUCACUUUUUUCCUACGAGCAGAUUCGUUAAUGUACCACCAUAUAAAACAUCAGUCCACAAUAAAACUCGUUUUCCUUUAUAUGACGAAAUAUUCAAAAUAGGCAUGGAAAACAUGAAUAUACAACGAAAUAGCGUUGUAAUACCAUGCACAUGUACAUGCCCCGAAUUGCAAAGUGGUAAAAACUGCCUAAGAGCUCCAAAUAAAUUGCAAACAUUUUGGUUGAAAUUGGCAGAUAAUUUAAAUGCCAUGUAUGGUCCUACAUAG